GAUUCUGUGAAGCUGCCAUCGCCAGACGAACUUGCCGUCAUUCGCCGAAAAGAAGACGUGUGGGACGAGCUUUUUGCUAGGGCGCUAAUAAUCACCAGCAACUUUCCAUGGAGACCUAUAAUCGGGCUACUGCAGAGACUCUAUCAACCAUAUUUCAAAACUACAACGAUGCGACGUUUAACUUUUGGCACACGCUUCCACUUGAUAAGGUACUUCACCCGACAGGCAUCACCUAUAGAGGAUACGUGGGCAUGUGGUGGCCAUCCCAUU